CCGUGAUUUUGAGAACCACUGUUGUAUAGAGCAAAAAUACGUGACUAUCGUAGUAUGAAUUAUCACGUCUAGUAGUCCCUACGUCAGUUUAUGAUCAGAUAAAACAGAUCAUUCUCGUCUCCAACAGACGUUUCAACCCCUAUAACCCGUCCAGGUUUUCAGCCAUAUUGAAAACAGAGAUGGAGAAAUCCUAUUUUCCAACACUCGUGACUGUGAAUUGGUUAAAAGAACUUGUUUCAAAGGGAGGAAAGUCAGCAUAUAGAAUUCUAGAUGGUUCUUGGCACGUGCCACAAGCCAAGAGAGAUGCGAUAAAAGAAUUUCAAGAAGGACACAUUCCUGGAGCUCUUUUCUUUGAUAUUGAUGAAUGUGCCGACAAGUCUAGAAACCUGCCUCACAUGAUGCCCUCUGUCAAAGUCUUUGAGGAGUAUGUCAGCAACUUGGGCAUCAACAAUGAUACACAUGUCAUCGUUUACGAUAACAACGCCCAGUUUCCUCUGUUCUCUGCUCAGCGGGUUUGGAUGACUUUCCGUGUGUUGGGUCACGAGAAGGUGUCCAUCCUAGAGGGAGGUUUACCCAAAUGGAUUGCAGAGAAUGGCCCAGUCACUGAUAAAAUAGAAGUUGUUCCAAAAGGGCAAUACAAAGGCAAAUUCAAUAGCAAAAUGAUCAAACAAAUGGCUGACAUUAUGAACAAUUUGAAAAGUGCGGAGUUUCAGGUCGUUGACGCUCGCCCAGAAGGUCGAUUUAAAGGAGUGGCCCCUGAACCCAGAGACGAUACCAAACCAGGCUGCAUUCCUCAAACAAUCAACCUUCCAUUUAUGAACACAAUGAAUGUGAAGGAACGAACCAUGAAAAGUCCUGAGGAAUUGAAGAAAGUAUUUGAGUCAGCAGGAGUUGAUUUAAACAAACCUGUUGUCUUUAGUUGUGGCUCAGGUACCACAGCAUGUGUCCUUGCCUUGGCUUCCUACCUACUGGGUAAAGAAAAUUUUUCGAUCUACGAUGGUUCCUGGACAGAGUGGUACCGUGACGCUCCACCAGAGUUGAAGCUGAAUGUCCCUCAAUGAUAGAACUGCCACAUAGAUAUUGUUUAAAUAUAACAGUUUUAAAUGUAACAAAUGUAAUAUUUGUAAAUAAAAAGUUUCACAACCGAAAA